AUGCUUAGUUGUUCACUUGACUCAAAGAAGUCCGCAGUUGUUGAAGGUUUGGUUGACUCAGAUCUCGAAACAGGGAGUGAAUUUACACCCAUCCACAUUAAAUUUCAAAGGAUUGAAAAGCAUCUUCUUCAGAAAAAACCUAUUCGAGCUAUACACUUGCUUACUGAAGUUUUAAAUAGUCUAAACCAUUUCUCUGAGUACGAUACAUAUUCGCUUUGGGAGAAAUUAUACCUCUACUUUGCAAAGGCUUAUGAACAAGCUAAGGAUCAGAAAAGUGUAGCACAUUGCCUUGGUAUGGCGAUUAAAUCAGUUGAACGGAGGCUAUCACACAUUAAUGCUGGGUUGAGUAUCAAUUCUGCAAAUAAGACCAAGGAGUUGCUAGCUGAAUUAUGCAAACGCUACGCCACCACUUUAGAAUGUCUGAAUGAAGAUGCAAGUGCUACUGCAGUUGCAUGGCUUAAGGCGGAAAAGGCCUUUGAAGACUGUAAUUUCGGUCGGGAUGCCUGUUUUUCGGCUCUUCGUGCGGUUCGCUGGUUCAUGACUGCUGCGGAUUUGGAUUCCGCCCUGAGUGCUCUUACCAUAGCGUUGGAAAUGGUUAAAUUAGUCGGGAAAAUAUCUGACCGAGGCAUUCUAUACAACGAACUGGGCAUUGCAUUCUUGGCUUUUGAACUUAAGAACGAUAGCAUCGCCUGCUUCCGAAAGUCCUUGAAAAAUCUCCCCGAAGAGGCCUCAGGCGCUCGGGCUUCCGUUCUACAAAACUUAGGCUCCGCUUACAUAGCCGCUAAAAAAUUGACUGAAGCCAUCGCCAUCUUGGAACAGUCUGUGGCUGCUCACGGUGUAAUGGGCAACAGAGCGGGACAAGCACAGGCCCAUUGCAACUUGGGCUACGCGCUUAUGUGUGCGGGCAGACACAAACAAUCACACUGGCACUACACAUUGGCUCGUGAUCUGGCCAAAGAGACCGCUUGGGAGACUGUUCAGACCCAAGCUGAAGCAGCACUCAAUGUAUUGGAGACUCCUAACUUCCCACUCAAUAUAAUCAACCCUUCCCCUGUGAUAUCAAUUUGCCCCUCUAUGGCGCGACUACAGUGUCAAAGAGACCAUAAAAUUCCAUCAUUAUCGUCAUCGCCUUCUGUGAAGGCCAAGAGAAAAGAGAAGAAGAGGCGGAAGCGAGCCAGAAAAGGUAGAGGGAAGCAAAAAGUUGAACAACUGACGACGAUUUUGCAUGCUUCUGACCCCCCCACGAAAUCAUCACACUCGGAGGGUGAUAUUCAUCUCUCAACAGGGCAAACUUCAUCCUUAUGCAAAAUGAAUGAUGUCCAAUACACAAUUGAUUGUCCCUCACCUGGAGUGAUCCCACCCGUUGGAGACACAAGAAUCUUCCUUAAGACACCUUUAACGUACCUGAAAAACACUGCGUCGGAUAAAAAACUAGUCCGCGGGGUGAUGAAUAGGAAAAAGUACACUCGAAUUUCUGAUAUUUCGAGCCUGAAACCUCCCGGAAACCCAAACAGUCAUGGUGACCAAGUUGACGAGAGUUUGGAGGGGGUUAUGCUCAAACCUGUAACGACUGCAACUCUUAAUCGCCCGAGAUGGACACCUUCCAUAAUGACAUCAAAAUAG